AUUAUUAUUACACACUUGUUCAGAAGGACUCUGUGUGUGGAGCUUCACUGAUUCUCUGGACCUCAGUGUCCAGUCCCUGCUCCAUUAUGACCAUGUCCCUGUGCACAGAGCAGCUCCAUGGUGUGGAGGUGAAGGUUGGAGUGAAGAACUGGAGUGUCCUGCACAGAGCCCUGACUCUGACUCAACCCCACUGACCACUGACUGACCCCCAGACCUUCUCACCAACACCAGAGUCUGAUCUCACUAAUGCUCUUGUAGCUGAAUGAUCACUAAUCCCCACACACACACUUCAACAUCUAGUGGAGAACCUUCCAGAAGAGUGGAGCUGAUUAGAACAGUGAAGAGAGGAGAAUAAAUCUGGAAUCUUGAUGUUCUACACACCCUACGCCCUGAUCCCUACGCCCUGAUCCCUACGCCCUGAUCCCUACGCCCUGAUCCCUACGCCCUGAUCCCUACGCCUUACAAACUGUAGUGUGUAUUGGGGAUAAGGUGUAGCUAAUAUUAUACUGACUACUGAAGUUCAGUUGGAGGUGUAAUUUUAACAGUUGCUGACUUUGCAAUAAACAUGUAGAGAGCUUGUGUGUGUGUGUGUGAGAGAGAGAGAGAGAGAGAGCGCUCUGCUCUCCACUUCUCCAGUAGCGUGUGGAUGUGUUAGCAAGAACACUUAGAAGACGCUUCUCCUCUUGUUUGAUUUUCUCUCUGCUUUUUUCUUUGCACACGCUAUUUGGUUUCGUUUUAUUUGAGCACACACACACACACACUCUCACACGCACACUCACACACACUCUCACACACACACACACACACACACACACUCUCACACACACACACUCACACACACACACACACACUCUCACACACACACACACACACACACACACUCUCACACACACACAUACACACACUCUCACACACACACACUCACACACACACACACACUCUCUCUCACACACACACACACACACACACUACCGGGAGAAAAGCUGAUCCUCAUCUCCUCCUCAUCAUCAUAAGGCUGAAGUUUAUUUUAAAGUUUAUUUUAAAGCGGUGAUGACAGAAAAAAGUGAUGAGAUGGAGAGUGAAGCGGAGCCACGCGAGCUGCAGAGAUCACCGAGCACCUUAUCCAUCAACACCGGAUCCAAGUUGUUGAGGUUAAAGCGUUCCUUGGCGUUCAUGCGCAGUAAGAGCGUGGAGAAUUUCUUCCAGCGUUCCAACAGUGAUGCCCGUUUGCCUUCUGACAUCACUGAUGAGGCCCCGCCCCCUUCCCCACCCCUGCUUCCCAGGUCACCGCUGCCCAGCGACAGCCCCAAACCCCCUUUAAGCCCGUCUCAGCUGGUGCAGCAGAAGCCCCGCCCUGCACAAACACAUUGUUUCCAGGAUCACGUGUUCCGUCGACCAACCAGCUGUCAGCUCUGUAAACACAUCAUCGUGGGGAAUUCUAAACAGGGUCUACGCUGUAGGACAUGUAAAAUCUCGGCUCAUCUCUGGUGCACUGCAGAACUCUCGCAGCAACCAUGCCAAGGAAAAGCUGGUAUGUUCAAGAGAAACUUCAGCACUCCUUCAAUCACCUGUGACCAGUCAGCAAGCAAAGAGGCUCAAACUACACCAGAGGCGAAGGUGCGAGUGGACCCAGUCUAUGCUACACUACGCUAUGGGACAUCCUUGGCCCAGAUGAGCCGAUCUAGUUUUGGGAGUGUGUGUGAAUCUCCAACAUGCAUCCUGGGUGAAGGAGGGGAGGAGAAGGACGAGGUGGAGAUCGAGACGGACAAACGGACAAAUAACGACACAGAGAGCAGUCUGCCCAAUCCUGAGAGCUCCAAGACUGAAGUGGAGGAUGUGAUAAAAGUCCCCAGGUUUCACCCCAUCCACACAUACGUGGCUCUCUACAAGUUCCUGCCACAGGAGCAGAACGAUCUGGAGUUACGUCCUGGAGACCGAGUGCAGGUGACUGAUGACUCUAAUGAAGACUGGUGGAAGGGGAAGAGUGGGGACAGGGUGGGUUUCUUUCCUGCUAAUUUCGUACAGAGAGUGCGUCCAGGUGAGAGUGUGUGGAGGGUCACGCAGGGUGUCCAUGGCAACCGACAGAUGGGUUACAUGACUGUUAAGGAAGAUCAGAUCUGCGUGGGGAAGAAGGAGGACAGUGAGGGAUUUGUGAAGCUGUGCAGCGGGAAGAAGCGAGGCCUGGUGCCUACACACUCUCUGGAGGAGAUUUAACAGACGUCACACCCUGCAUAUGACUCCAUUAAUAAAACCCUCACAUUAAACAUCCUGAGGUCUGAAACUCCGUCGCUCUGACUGGACCAGAGACUCGGAGGACCAGAAAGCAGGAGAUUGUGACCAGUGCAUUGUUGUUAUUUAAUACAUAAGUGUGUAACCAAAUAAAUGUGUAGUGUCUCUGUUUAAACACACACACACACACACACACACACACACACACACACACUGAUUACAGGUUGAAUCUAAACUAAAAUUUGUCUAAUUAAAAAAAAAUUUCUAAUUUCUGCUGAUGAGUUUAUCUUACAAGCUAGCUAGCUUAACAAAACAUGCUAGCUUGUAGCUCUAUAGCUCAAUAUAUGACUAGUGGACUAGUAUUACUCCACCUGCUGCAUUAGCUUAGCAUAAAAUGCUAGAAAGUCAACUCAGUGACUGUAUCGUGUAAUUUUUUUUAUAUCAGAUUAGCAUCAGUGGAUUUGCAUGGUUGUAAGUAAAGUGUAACUAGGCCUUUGGAAUUAUGUGAGUUUUUUUUGAGAGCUUACAUUUAUAAUUCAAAAAGUCAAAGUCAAAGAAGCUUUAUUGUCACUUCAACCAUAUAUAUCUGAUGCAGUACACAGUGAAGUGAAACAACGUUCCUCCUAGACCAGAGGUGCUACACAGAACACAGACAAAGUACAGAGACGCAGACAAACAUAGAGAUAAACAUAUAGAUAAAACUAAACUAUACUUAAGGUGCAAGAAAAACUAGACAUACAACAGAAGUGUACAGGAUGAGAAGACAGGACAGUGCAGAUAAACAACAUGUAGACAGUGCAGAUCGCUGUGUACAGAGAGUGCAAAUAAGAAAUUGACAUUUGUGCAAAGAACAGCGUAUACAGUGAGCGCAAAUAUUAAAGUGACACAUGUAAACAGGAUUAAUAUAAAAAAUGUAAAGUGACAUGUGCGUGCAAACAGGACAAUUUAGUGUGUGUGUGUGUCCAGCACAGUUCAGUUCUUCUUGGAACACAGUUCUCAGCUUUUGUGCAUGUGUGUUAUGUAUGUGUGUGUGUGUCCGUGUCCAGCACAGUUCAGUUCUCCUGUUGAAGUCAGAUCUUGGUUGUGUGUGUGUGUGUAUGUGUGUGUGUGUGUGUGUGUGUGUGUGUGAUCAGUUCAGCUCAGUUCUCUGUUGAGAUACCUGAUUGCCUGAGGGAAUCAACUGUUCAACAGUCUGGCUGUGCGGGUCCGAAUGCUUCGGUACCUCUAUCCGGAUGGCAGAAGGGUGAAGAGUGUGUGUGAGGGGUGUGUGGGAUCAUCCACAAUGCACAUGGAACAUAGAACUGUGUUAGCUGGUGUGUUAGCUGCCAUGUUAGCAUUUGUGUUAGCUGGCAUGUUAGCUGCCAUGUUAGCAUUUGUGUUAGCUGGCGUGUUAGCUGCCAUGUUAGCAUUUGUGUUAGCUGGCGUGUUGGGCGGUGUGUUAGAUGCCAUGUUAGCAUUUCUGUUAGCUGACGUCUUAGCUGCCAGAUGAUUUACACCACAGAUGAUUUGUGUGUUAAAAGUGUGAGUGAAAAUAAAACGCUAGCCCUCUGCUAACAUUAGCUGGUUAAAUUACCGUAUUACUGCUACCUGCUAGCUGUCUCUAGCGAGUUUAUUUUUAGCUAAGCUACAGCCAUAUCAAGAGCUAGCUGACUGCAGUGACCUCGCUACAUAAAGCUCUCUUUCCCACUCUGCUGGUGUCGUCUGGACUCGACUGUGUGUGUGUGUGUGUGUGUGUGUGUGUGUGUGUGUGUGAGAGAGAGAGAGAGAGAGAGAGAGUGUGAGAUUUGAUAUAUGUCGCUUUGUGCUUUAAGCUACAGCUUAAUUUAGAAUGAAUUAUUUCUGACCGACCUCCUUUUAACGUUCCUUACGUUCAAGGACAGUGUGUGUGUGUGUGUGUGUGUGUGUGUGUGUAGUAAUCAGGGCACAAAAGCAGGUCAGAUGUAAUAGAUGAUAAAUCAGUGUGUCAGUUUGAGUGGACAGAAGAAUAAAUUUGUCUGUUUAAGUUUAUUUAUCAAAAAUGAUAUUUAAUGAGUUUAACUUUAAUGUACUGGACACACACACUCACACACUCACAGACAUACACACUCUCUCACACACACACACACGUCUACUCUACAUAACUGUUUACUAUUGAACAAUUUCCAUUUAUAUUUAAAUCCUGGUUUCAAGUCUUUACUGUGAUGUCACUGUGAUGUCACCGUGAUGUCACCAGCAAUAACUUAAUAAAACUCUGGAGUUUUA